AAAGCACUCGGCGUGGUGAUAACGGUUAGCUUCCACUUUGUGUGCUGUGCGAGCGUCUCAUUUACAUAUUUCACCGGCUGGCAGAGGUGGCGGCGUUGCCCUUUGCACAUCUCGGACAGAAAGGGCGGCCAUGAUACAACAUUUACACAAUUGAUAUGUUUGCACAGAAAGGUAUGGAAUUUUUGUGGCUGUACUCGUUUUGCCAGUGCAUGGUGUCAUUGAGCACCAUUGUGGCGAGCGUGAGGCUAUGCAUGGCGCUGGGCGGGAGCCGGGCUGCCGGACCCUGGGGCGGCAGUGUGGCCCGCUGCCUCGGCCUGUGCUUGGGCUGGGUGGGCGCCAUUGGGGGCGCGCUGGAGAUCCCUGUCAUUGUCUUCCUCAACUUGAGGACCCCGCAGUGCUUGUAUACUUGCAUCACCCUGGUGUGCUGCCCCCUGCUGGUGAGGCAGUUCACUGUGUGCCUGCUGUUGCUGCUCACGCUGGACUGCCACCUGCAGCAUCGCUGGCCCGGCAGGUACUCGGCUCUGGUGACCCGUCAGCGCGCCUUGUGCGUUGCGCUUCUGUGCUGGAUGGCUUCUGUCCUGACAUCGUUCGGCCAGUUCAUUGACUCCGAGGUCCUCGACGGGUGGGGCAGGAAGGGCCAAGAUCAGCACACGGCCAGUCUCGGUUCGGACGGCAACCGAACCACGCCGCCGCCCGCUCUCUCUAAAUACGCCCAGCAGCGGAUGGUCAUCGGGAAGUACCUUCCGUACGGAGGCUUCCUGUCCAAGUUUUACGUGGAGGACUUGCGUAAUUUCACCUAUGCCGAGAUUCACAGCAGCCACUGGGGUGUUUGCGCCCCUGACACCAUCCUCAGCCCCCAAUUCUUGGUCUAUGUCCACGGAACGGCCGUGUUCACGCUACCCUUGCUUCUCCUGUUGUUUCUUUAUGUCGAUCUUAAAUGCAAAAACGUCAAGCAGUCGGACGCCUCAUUGAGGCCGCGCCGUCUGGCUCUGUCCGUCUCCUUCUUAGUUGUGCUCUGCUUGCCGCUCCAAAUCAUCCACGCUGUCUUGCUCUUCGCCCCUGGCGCCGCCGUGCCCUCCUGGCUUCACGCCAUGGCUGUUUUCUUCUUCCAGCUGUAUGGCCUGGUGCCCCAGGUUCUCUUCACUCCCCCCGAGAAACGAGAGGGUGAGCAGGGUGCAACCUUUGCCCUCUCUGCUCCUCCACCGCCCACAGGGAAGACGGUUCAGAAGGCCUUGUGUGAAGCAGCACGCGCCGCUUCAUGGGUCUCGGCUAAAAACUCCCUGAAAGCUAAAGUCUGCCCUGAGGUCUGACAUCCAAAGCAUAUUCAAUAAUGCCCUUGAGAAAAAGUUUGCCCAGAACUCUGAAAUCUAGAGGCUCCUUCGUCCAUUUGAAUAUUGAAUUAUCCUCAUGGUGGAAACAUGUUGUAAUUGGCCAGUUUUUUUUUCUCAAUGUAAACAUGUGUCUAUAAUGUUUCAUCAUCACCAGAUGGCUGAAACAGUCCCCUCUUUGCAACUUCAUUGACUUUGAAGGCUCUCAAAGAGUAAACAAAGCAAUACGCUAUUAGUUUGUGUGUUUUUUUUUUUAGCUAAUCAUUAACCUCGUGCACAGAUGCUCAGAGUAGCUUGCAACUGAAAAGGCCACUUCAUUAUCGUCGCCCACGCCAAAUGUCAGCUAGAAAAUUAAUCCUCCCGAUGAUGCCGGCAAUCACAGAUGUCACUUUUGCUGUCGCAGCCCAUCCUGGGUUUUUCCCCCCCCUCUAUUUUCCCCCCACGGCUCGUUUCAAGUUUCUGCCAAGACAGCCAGCCGUAAUAAACAUAUGAGUGACGGUGUUUAAUUAAACAUUGGCUAGCUAAUAACACUUUGGUCCAGCGAGGACGUCACCGCAUUACAAAGGAGGGGAACAUAAUUAACCUGCUUUUGACACAAUCUUGGUGGUUGUUUUGAUUACACUUGUAAAUACAAAGCGUCGCUUUCUUGUCAUGAAAAAAAUAAGACGGCCUGGCUCCCACUAAUUGCAUUGUUCAUCUCCAACCGCCAUUGAUGUGCAACAGAAUAUUAUUCUCAUCUUGACUUGUGCUGCUUCAAAUUGUAUUUUUCCUCCCCUUGUCACGUCGAUCUUCUGUGUCGAUCUUAUUAAAUUCAAUUGUUUUCCCUU